GACUCUUACACCACCUAAAACAGGUCUGUGGAUUUAAAAAAGGAAAAACAUACGGUAGGUUGGUCCACCACCUAAACCGAAGCGACUCUUACACAAUUUCAAUUGCUAGAUACCACCAAAGGGCGGUCAGUCAGUCAGUCCAACAAUAACCAAAACCAAAACCGAAACCGAAACCCGUGAGCCCACUUCACUCUUCGGCUUUGGCUUCGCCUAACCAAACUCCUUUCACUCUCCCUUUCUCUUUCUCUUUUCUCUGCUUUCUCUCUCUGAAUGAUGGCAUCGGAGCAACACGACACCGUUUUCCCAGACGAAGACAUGGACGAAGACGACGAGGAGUCCCAAGAGGACGAAGAAGAGGAAGACAUCGAUGACGACGACGUUUUGCCAGACGACGAAGAAAACGAGCCCUCUCCCUCUACCUCGUCCGCUGCCCUCGCCGUCACCGUCGCCGUUCCCUCCUCCGUCAUCCCCAACGGCGAAAAGGCUCCAAUUUCAACCCCCACUGCCAACGCGGCCACCACCGUGGUCGUUGCCCUCGAAGGCAGCUCCUCCGAUCCGAAACGGCAGCAACAAAUCGAGGAGAAGAAGCCGCUCGACGAUUCACGGAGGCUGUUCCAGCGGCUGUGGACGGACGAGGAUGAGAUCGAGCUUCUGCAAGGGUUUCUCGAGUACACAUCGCAGCGAGGUUCCUCUCACCACAACGACACUGCUUUGUUCUACGACCAAAUUAAGUCGAAGCUUCAGCUGGAUUUCAACAAGAACCAGCUUGUGGAGAAGAUCCGGAGGUUGAAGAAGAAGUACCGCAACGUUCUCAACAAGAUUGGUUCCGGCAAGGAAUUCAACUUUAAGAGCGCUCACGAUCAAGCCACCUUCGAGAUUUCACGCAAGAUCUGGAGCAACUUGGGUCCAGUGGCUGAUAAUGCCUUGGACGACGACGAAAUCAACCUCAAUCCCAAUCCUAACCCUAACCCUAACCU